GCGGGAGGCGGCGAGGCAGGGUGGGGGCCGCGUUCGCCCCGCGGCUCCGCGCCCGGCCGCCCGUCGCCUGCCCCUCUAGUUUCGCUCCCGUUUCUUUAAACUUUUUUAGAAAUUCCCCUCCCUCCGGCCCUGCGCUCCCCCUGGCCUCCCGCUCCCUCCUUCCCCUCCUCCUCGCCUCCUCCCCCUCCCUCCUCCCUCCCUGCGCCGCCGCCGCCGCCGCCGCCGCCGCCACCGCCGGCCCAUGACUGAGCCCCGCCACCGCCGGCCGAGGAAUGGGCUCCGGGCGCUGGUAGGGAGCGCGGGGAGCGGGGGCCGCGUUUGAACCGCGAUCUGGGUUUUCGGGAGACCUCCUUUGGCAAAAUAAUGGCAAACUCGACGGGGAAGGCGCCUCCGGACGAGCGGAGGAAGGGACUGGCUUUCCUGGACGAGCUGCGGCAGUUCCACCACAGCAGAGGGUCGCCGUUUAAGAAGAUCCCUGCGGUGGGUGGGAAGGAGCUGGAUCUUCACGGGCUCUACACCAGAGUCACUACUUUAGGCGGAUUCGCGAAGGUUUCUGAGAAGAAUCAGUGGGGAGAGAUUGUUGAAGACUUCAACUUUCCCAGAAGUUGUUCUAACGCGGCCUUUGCUUUAAAACAGUAUUACUUGCGUUAUCUAGAAAAGUACGAGAAAGUUCAUCAUUUUGGGGAAGAUGAUGAUGAGGUACCACCAGGCAAUCCAAAGCCACAGCUUCCUAUUGGUGCAAUUCCAUCUUCCUACAAUUACCAGCAACACAGUGUGUCAGAUUAUCUACGUCAAAGUUAUGGGUUAUCUAUGGAUUUUAAUUCGCCAAAUGAUUAUAAUAAACUGGUGCUUUCACUGUUGUCUGGACUCCCAAACGAAGUGGACUUCGCUAUUAAUGUGUGCACUCUCCUGUCAAACGAAAGCAAGCACGUCAUGCAGCUGGAAAAAGACCCCAAAAUCAUCACGUUGUUACUCGCUAAUGCAGGGGUAUUUGACGACACUUUAGGAUCAUUCUCUACUGUCUUUGGAGAAGAAUGGCGAGAGAAGACUGAUAGAGACUUUGUUAAGUUUUGGAAAGACAUUGUUGAUGACAAUGAAGUGCGAGACCUCAUUUCUGACAGAAACAAAGCUCAUGAAGAUACACCAGGAGAAUGGAUUUGGGAAUCUUUAUUUCAUCCACCUCGAAAGCUGGGCAUUAAUGACAUCGAAGGACAGCGGGUUCUUCAGAUUGCAGUGAUUUUGCGAAACCUUUCCUUUGAAGAGAGCAAUGUUAAGCUCUUGGCAGCUAAUCGCACCUGUCUUCGUUUCCUGUUACUCUCUGCACAUAGUCAUUUUAUUUCAUUAAGGCAAUUAGGCCUUGACACGUUAGGAAAUAUUGCAGCUGAGCUUUUACUGGACCCUGUUGAUUUCAAGACCACUCAUCUAAUGUUUCAUACUGUUACAAAAUGCCUGAUGUCAAGGGAUAGGUUUUUAAAGAUGAGGGGCAUGGAAAUUUUGGGAAAUCUUUGCAAAGCAGAGGAUAAUGGUGUUUUGAUUUGUGAAUAUGUGGAUCAGGAUUCAUACAGAGAAAUCAUUUGUCACCUCACUUUGCCCGACGUGCUGCUUGUAACCUCGACACUAGAGGUGCUGUACAUGCUCACCGAGAUGGGCGACGUCGCCUGCACCAAGAUUGCAAAAGUAGAAAAGAGCAUAGACAUGCUGGUGUGUCUGGUCUCUAUGGACAUUCAGAUGUUCGGCCCUGACGCACUAGCUGCAGUGAAGCUUGUGGAACAUCCAAGCUCCAGUCACCAAGUUUUAUCUGAAAUUAGGCCACAAGCUAUAGAGCAGGUCCAAACCCAGACCCACGCAGCAUCUGGUCCAGCUUCCAGAGCAGUUGUAGCACAGCAUGCUGCUCCCCCUCCAGGAAUCGUGGAAAUAGACAGUGAGAAGUUCGCUUGUCAGUGGCUAAAUGCUCAUUUUGAAGUAAAUCCAGAUUGUUCAGUCUCUCGGGCAGAGAUGUAUUCAGAAUAUCUCUCAACUUGUAGUAAAUUAGCUCGUGGUGGUAUCCUCACAUCAACUGGGUUUUACAAGUGUCUUAGAACAGUUUUUCCAAAUCACACAGUGAAGAGAGUGGAAGAUUCCAAUAACAGUGGGCAGGCACAUAUCCAUGUCAUAGGAGUGAAGCGGAGGGCACUCCCGCUCCCCAUCCAGAUGUACUAUCAGCAGCAGCCGCUGUCCACGCCUGUUGUCCGUGUUGAUGCUGUCGCUGACGUGUCUCCAACUCCUUCACCUGCAGGAAUCCCUCACGGAUCACAAGCUGUAGGAAAUCAUUUUCAGAGAACUCCUGUCACCAAUCAGUCUUCAAAUUUGACUGCAACACAAAUGUCUUUUCCAGUACAAGGCGUUCAUACUGUGGCACAGACUGUUUCUAGAAUUCCACCAAAUCCUUCAGUUCAUACCCACCAGCAACAAAAUUCUCCAGUGACUGUCAUUCAGAAUAAAGCUCCAAUUCCUUGUGAAGUCGUUAAGGCAACAGUAAUCCAGAACUCUGUGCCCCAAACAGCAGUUCCUGUGAGUAUUGCUGUUGGAGGAGGACCUGCACAGAGUUCUGUGGUUCAGAAUCACGGCGCAGGGCCACAGCCUGUUACAGUUGUAAAUUCUCAGACAUUGCUUCACCAUCCCUCUGUGAUGACACAGCCAUCUCCACUACACACAGUGGUGCCAGGACAGAUCCCUUCAGGCACUCCUGUCACGGUGAUCCAGCAGACUGUACCACAGAGUCAUAUAUUUGGACGAGUACAGAACAUACCAGCAUGUACGUCCACAGUUUCACAGGGUCAACAGUUAAUCACCACAUCACCACAACCUAUGCACACUUCAUCUCAACAGACAGCAGCUGGUAGCCAGCCCCAAGACACUGUUAUCAUAGCCCCCCCACAGUACGUAACAACUUCUGCAUCUAAUAUCGUCUCAGCAACUUCAGUACAGAAUUUCCAGGUAGCUGCUGGGCAGGUGGUUACCAUAGCUGGUGUUCCAAGUCCACAGCCCUCCCGGGUAGGAUUCCAGAACAUUGCACCCAAGCCGCUGCCCUCUCAGCAAGUGUCAGCAGCAGUGGGACAGCAGCCUAUUCAACAGCCACAGCCGCCAGCCCAGCAGAGUGUAGUGAUUGUGAGCCAGCCAGCUCAACAAGGGCAGACUUAUGCACCAGCCAUCCACCAAAUCGUUCUUGCUAACCCGGCAGCUCUCCCAGCUGGUCAGACAGUUCAGCUAACUGGACAACCAAAUAUAACUCCAUCUUCUUCGCCAUCACCUGUCCCGGCUACUAAUAACCAAGUCCCUACUGCCAUGUCAUCUUCUUCCACCCUUCAGUCACAGGGACCACCUCCUACUGUCAGUCAGAUGCUGUCUGUGAAGAGGCAGCAGCAGCAGCAGCAUUCACCAGCACCGCCAGCAGCACAGCAGGUCCAGGUACAAGUUCAGCAGCCACAGCAAGUACAGGUACAGGUUCAGCCUCAGCAGACAAGUGCAGGGGUUGCUCAGCCUGCUUCCAACGAGUCUAGUCUGAUAAAACAGCUGCUGCUUCCAAAGCGGGGUCCUUCAACCCCAGGGGGUAAGCUUAUCCUCCCAGCCCCACAGAUUCCUCCCCCUAACAAUGCAAGAGCUCCUAGCCCUCAGGUGGUCUAUCAGGUGGCCAAUAACCAAGCAGCUGGUUUUGGAGUGCAGGGGCAAACUCCAGCUCAGCAGCUAUUGGUUGGGCAGCAAAAUGUUCAGUUGGUCCAAAGUGCAAUGCCACCCACCGGGGGAGUGCAAACCGUGCCCAUUUCGAACUUACAAAUAUUGCCAGGUCCACUGAUCUCAAAUAGCCCAGCAACCAUUUUCCAAGGGACUUCUGGCAACCAGGUAACUAUAACAGUUGUGCCAAAUACCAGUUUUGCAACUGCGACUGUGAGUCAGGGAAACGCAGCUCAGCUCAUUGCUCCAGCCGGUAUUAGCAUGAGUGGAGCUCAGGCAGGAGCUGGACUUCAGGUGCAGACGCUUCCAGCCGGACAAUCAGCGUGUACCACUGCUACCCCCCCAUUCAAAGGCGAUAAGAUAAUUUGCCAAAAGGAGGAGGAAGCAAAGGAAGCAACAGGUCUACAUGUUCAUGAACGGAAAAUUGAGGUCAUGGAGAAUCCUUCCUGCCGACGAGGAACCACAAACACCAGCAAUGGGGACACAAGUGAAAGUGAAGUCCAGGUGGGGAGUCUUUUAAAUGGGAGAAAGUAUAGUGACUCAAGUCUACCUCCUUCAAACUCAGGGAAAACUCAGAGUGAGACUAACCAGUGCUCACUAAUCAGCAAUGGGCCAUCGUUGGAAUUAGGUGAGAAUGGAGCAUCUGGAAAACAGAACUCAGAACCAGUGGACAUGCAGGAUAUCAAAAGUGAUCUGAAAAAAACCCUCGUUAAUGGAAUCUGUGAUUUUGAUAAAGGAGAUGGUUCUCAUUUAAGCAAAAACAUUCCAAAUCACAAAACUUCUAAUCAUGUAGGAAACGGUGAGAUAUCUCCAGGAGAACCGCAAGGGACUUCGGAUGCCACUCAGCAAGAUACUGCCAAAGGUGACCAACUAGAAAGAGUUUCUAAUGGACCUGUGUUAACUCUGGGUGGGUCACCGACCACAAGCAGUAUGCAAGAAGCUUCGAGUGUGGCAAUACAGCCGUUCAGUGGUACUGACUUGCCUAAUGGACCUCUAGCUUCAAGUUUGAAUUCAGAUGUGCCUCAGCAACGCCCAAGUGUAGUUGUCUCACCACAUUCUACAGCCCCUGUCAUACAGGGGCAUCAAGUCAUAGCAGUUCCCCACUCAGGACCUAGAGUGACCCCUUCUGCUCUAUCAUCUGAUGCUCGGUCUACAAACGGCACAGCCGAGUGCAAAACUGUAAAGAGGCCGGCAGAGGAUAAUGAUAGGGACACCGUCCCGGGAAUUCCAAAUAAAGUAGGGGUUAGAAUUGUUACAAUCAGUGACCCCAACAAUGCUGGCUGUAGCGC